AUUGAAUCUGCUGUACUCAGUUUUAGUAAUCUUUAAACAGUGGUCUGUGUUAAUACGCUGAAGCGGAUUUUUGUGACCGAAUUAACCUUUUUUUGGUAUCGACUGAGUUGUUAGACACACCCCCAUUAUGGGUGACAAACAAAUCCGUAUUGCCGUUGUCAGCAAUGACAAAUGUAAACCUAAAAGAUGUCGUCAGGAAUGCAAGAAAUCCUGUCCCGUUGUCAGGAUGGGUAAGCUGUGUAUAGAGGUUACACCUGUGGAUAAGAUUGCCUUCAUCUCGGAACCACUCUGCAUUGGCUGUGGUAUCUGUGUCAAGAAAUGUCCAUUUGAGGCUAUCACCAUCAUCAAUCUACCAAGUAACUUGGAAAAGGACACCACACAUCGAUACAGUGCAAACUCCUUUAAGCUGCACAGGUUACCAAUUCCCAGACCUGGAGAAGUAUUAGGUUUGGUAGGUACCAACGGUAUUGGCAAAUCAACAGCACUCAAAAUUCUGGCUGGGAAACUCAAGCCCAACCUGGGAAAGUUUGAUAGUCCCCCUGACUGGCAAUCCAUCCUGAUUUGCUUCCGUGGCUCAGAGCUUCAGAAUUACUUCACCAAGAUUUUAGAGGACAAUCUGAAAGCUAUCAUCAAGCCGCAGUAUGUGGAUCAGAUCCCAAGAGCAGUCAAGGGAACGGUGCAGUCACUUCUUGACAAGAAAGAUGAGACCAAUAAACAGGACGAAAUCUGUGAUCAGUUAGACUUGACAAAAGUUCGUGAUCGUAAUGUGGAGGACUUGUCUGGUGGGGAGCUACAGCGAUUUGCAUGUGCUGUUGUAUGCAUACAGCAAGCUGAUAUUUACAUGUUUGAUGAACCUUCAAGUUACCUUGAUGUCAAGCAACGGAUCAAAGCCGCCGCAACUAUACGAUCACUGCUACAACUAGACAAGUACAUCAUAGUUGUUGAGCAUGACUUGAGUGUUCUGGACUACUUGUCUGAUUUCAUCUGUUGCCUGUAUGGAAUGCCUGGUGUCUAUGGGGUGGUGACUAUGCCCUUUGGUGUCAGGGAAGGUAUUAACAUUUUCCUGGAUGGUUAUGUACCGACGGAAAACCUUCGCUUCAGAGAAACAUCCCUGGUCUUCAAAGUGUCAGAAACAGCUGAUGAAGAAGAGGUGAAAAGGAUGCGUCGCUAUAAAUACCCCAAGAUGACCAAGACAUUAGGGGAAUUCCAUCUAAAAAUAGACGCAGGGGAGUUCACUGACUCUGAAAUCUUGGUCAUGCUUGGAGAGAAUGGUACCGGCAAGACAACAUUCAUUCGUAUGUUGGCUGGCAAGCUGAAACCAGACGAUGACUCUGAUACUGUACCGGAGUUAAACAUCAGUUACAAACCUCAGAAGAUCAGUCCCAAGUCAAGGGGGACAGUACAACAGCUUCUCCAUGAGAAAAUCCGAGAUUCUUACAUCCAUCCUCAGUUUGUGGCUGACGUCAUCAAACCGUUGCAGAUUGAGAGCGUCUUUGACCAAGAGGUUCAGAACCUCUCUGGUGGUGAGUUGCAGCGUGUUGCGCUGACUCUUUGUCUUGGAAGACCAGCUGAUGUCUACCUCAUUGAUGAACCCUCUGCUUACUUAGACUCUGAACAGCGUCUGGUAGCUGCCAAGGUUAUCAAAAGGUUCAUCUUGCAUGCCAAGAAGACUGGCUUUGUUGUUGAGCACGAUUUCAUCAUGGCCACAUACCUCGCUGAUCGUGUGAUUGUCUUUGAGGGAACACCGUCCAUCAAGACCAAAGCCAACUCGCCCCAGUCUUUGCUUAACGGCAUGAACUGUUUCCUGGCAUCGCUAGAGAUCACCUUCCGAAGAGAUCCCAACAACUUCAGGCCUCGCAUCAACAAGAUGAACUCUGUCAAGGAUGUGGAUCAGAAGAGGACAGGGCAGUACUUCUUCUUGGAGGACUAGAGGUCAAAGGACAGGGUGUCAGAAAUAUUGGGCAGUUUCAGCCUUGGAAGUGUUGCCACAUUGGAGUUUCUGAAAUUUGUGGAUUUUCUUAGUCUUGAGUGAAGUGGCACUCCAAAUUAAAAAAAAAUACAUUGCAAAGGUCACUGGUCAAAAGUUCUGAGAUUUAAAGAAAAACGCUUGAGUGAUAGUAAACUGAGUAAUUGAUUAAGAAAAGAUGGAAUAGUUUUAAAGUAUCCGAGGAAUCCUCUUGGUACUUGUCACAAAGUGCUGAAGAUGCCAUCCAUUUUUCAAUCAAAAAAAAAAUGACUUAAAAGAUUAUUAAGGACAUAAUCCAUGCUGGGUAGAUAGGGGAUGACCACAGCUUUAAUAUCCUGCAUGGCUGUGGAAAUUUAGGGGGGGUACACCACCUAACACUUGGGAGUACUGUUCUUGAUAAAGGUGCACAUCAUAUUUACCUACGAGAUGCAUGUGGUGCGUUUGAAGUUUUUGUACAGUUCUCCGUUGUGAAUAGUGCAGAAUAAACUUAUUUUUAUCCAACAACCAAUAUGUGUUUGGAGGAAUCAUGAAACGGCUUAUCCAUACUGGUCAAAAAGGGUGUAUGUAGAAAAAAAAUUGGAGAUGUCAUUCUCAUGGGGCCAUUGCACUCACACACAUAUCUUAACUUGAGCAUGCACACACAGUCUGGCAAGUUGUGACACCUUAUUGGUCAGAGAGGGAUGGAACACGCACUUGCCACCUGCAUGCUAACAGGAUGGCCCCGUGGUAAGCGCUUACCACGUGCACGUGAACAGGAUGGCCCCGCGGUAAUGGCUUCUAAUUGUUCUCGCCAGAUUUGUCUAUACCAUCUUUUCUCUUGGCCAAUGUCCAAGAACAUUUUGGCAUUGAGGUUUACAAAUAGAAGGGGUAUUCUUAAUUGCUUGGAGGUCAACUGCUUUGCAGUCAAGGAGAUCGCAAACUACCUGUAAAGCAUUGAAUAUAAAGAAAAAUGUAUUUAUUAGUUGUGCCAGUCUUUUAAGAGCAAAGUUCCAAACUAGAUUUGGAAUUAAUUGUGACUUUAUUCAUAGUUCUUUAUUUUACCGUAGUACAUUAUACCAUCAUGCAAGUGGUUGAUAAAUGAUUUGUCCUAAGUUGUCAUAGGGAGCAGAAAGCACAUGGACGUUCUUUGACAAUCUCACGAUGGAGAAUUCCUUGUUCUCGAUGUAUAAUGAUCCUGUUGCAAGUUUUAUAUAAAUGUAUCUUUAAAAAAACUGUUCCAUCUGCUGCAUUUCUCCGUGUACAGUGGGUAUGUCAACAAAUCUUUGUUAAGGCUUUUGGCGUUCAUCCAGAUGAAAACAUAUGACUAACAAAACUGCUAUAAAGAUUAUGAAGUCUAAGCCAUAUUUUCCAGAUUUCUAUUCCGUUUUAUUCGAAAAGGGCAAAAUAACUUUGAAAAGUGGUCAUCAUACUAAAGAAAGUGCCAGUGUUUGUAAAUAACAGCUCCAAGAACUUCUGAAUAAAAUCAGUUAGUAAUCAUGAGAUA